CUCCACACAGCGAACAUGAUCCCCUUCUCUGCUCGCCAACGCGGCCCCAGCAGCAGCAGCAGCAGCGCAAAGACAGCACAAGAUGACCAAGCAAGCUCAUAUACCGACUGGCUGAAGAGGCCCCUUGUGUUGUGGGGAGGUGACAUGGAAUGCACGGAAAGGUGUAGACCUGCCUUCAAAACAUUGCUGAGACCACCGAAGAGGGUCUUGGGCCACUAAGACAGAUAAAGACAGCAUGGCAGACAAUCACUCUCAAGAAGCAGACAUGGCCCCCAUGGCAGAGUGCGAGGCUGAGGAUGGGGAUAAAGAAGGGGCAGAUGCACCCUUGGCUGAAGCCCGUCCAGUAGCCAUUACUGCACCAGAUGGGGGCUGGGGCUGGGUGGUCCUGAUGGCCUCCAUAGUGGUUCUGGCCCUGACACUGGCUUUUCCAUCCUGUAUGGGCAUCUUCUACACGGAUCUUCAGAAACAGUUCAGUGCCAGCAACAGCAUAACAUCCUGGGUGCCGUCUAUAAUGACUGCAGUCCUACAUGCUGGAGGUCCACUGUGCAGUGUGUUAGUGGAACGAUUUGGUUGUCGAGCAACAGUGAUGCUGGGAGGAGUCUUGAGUGGGUUGGGGAUGGCGGCCAGUGCCUUUACAAAUUCCAUCAUUGAGCUUUAUAUCACUGCAGGGUUAAUUACAGGCCUAGGGUUUUGUUUCAGCUUCCAGCCUGCGGUCACUAUCCUGGGCCACUACUUUGUGCGUCGUCGAGUCUUUGCCAAUGCUAUGUCCUCCACAGGCACAGCUCUGGGCCUGUCAACGCUGCCCAUGCUGAGUCACUAUCUGCACAUUGAACUGGGCUGGAGGGGCAGUUUCCUUGUGCUGGGUGGUAUCCUACUCAACUGCUGUGUCUGUGGAGCUGUUAUGAGGCCACUGGGCCCGCGAAAGCCCAGAGCAUCCAAACGGUUGAGCAAUGGCACUGCUGUAGCAAGUGAAGAGGGCCUGAAAGGACAUAUGUUGGUGGUAUGGAAAAGUUUAGCGUCUUCUUUCCAUCGCCACAUGGCCUUUGAUCAGUUCUGCAAUAACCGGCGUUUUCGUGUCUUCUCACUGGGCAUUACCUGGAUGAUGCUGGGAUUUGUAGUGCCACUGAUUUUCCUCAUUCCUUACGCCACAGAUAACGGCAUGGAUCAGAAAGAGGCUGCCCUGCUGCUCAACAUCUUGGGCUUCGUCAAUGUCAUUGUGCGGCCACCCAUAGGACUGCUUUUCAACCUCUCCUGGUUCAAGGGCCGCCACGUCUACGUGUUCUCCACAGCUCUUCUGCUGAACGGACUGAGUAACAGCAUCUGCUGCAUCGCACCCAGUUUUUCAGUGCUCUUGCUUUAUAUGCUGAGUUAUGGCCUGACGAUGAGUGUGGUGGGCACACUGCUGUUCACUGUGCUGAUGGGCAUAGUGGAUAUGAGCCGCUUCCCCUCUGCCCUUGGCCUGCUGGCUAUCAUGGAGAGCGUCACACUGCUGAUUGGGCCGCCCCUUGCAGGUUAUCUGGUGGACAAAACUGGAGAGUACACAUACGUGUUCGUGGCCUCCAGUAUCACAGUGGCCUCUUCGGCUUUGUUUCUUUUAGUGUCCUUUUAUUGCCUGGACCGCCAUGAUGCAGCCCAGAAGGAGCCAUCACCUUCCCCAGGGUCAGCAGCUUUUCAGUCUUCAGACUGCCAGUACAUCAGAGUCUCCGCAGGUGCAGCGGACAAGCACAUUAAAACCGAGCGUGUUACUAGUGUAUGAACUGUAUCCAUCAGGGCUGAAGAUCAGAGAUAGUGUGGCCCUUAUCAAAUGGAAGAAUAUGCAUAUUAUUUCAGCGCUGCUGAAUUAUCUUCAAGAUUUUGUUUGUUAUAGUUUAGUCAUUUAGCUUAUAAUAUUCUUUAAUGUACCAUGUAGGAUUUGUAAGAUUUUGAGCAUUCAGAGAAGUUUAUAUUGCUAUGAUUAAGGAAAAACUGUUUUAUAUCUGUACACUCUCUCGUUUAUGUAUGCUGCAAUCAGUUACCAGUUUCACUGUCAAAUUCUAGGAUAACAGCAUUAAAAAGGCACAAAACAGCUCCUCCUUCAGCUGUCAUGUAUCAGGUAUACUACCGUUUACAUUUAUGAUUUUACACUGUGUGGUUCACCUUUCUGGAAACUAGUCUGUCAUUUAUUAAUUUCAUAUGUCUACCCACCUGAAAAACAAAUUUAGUUUUUGAUACGACAUUUUUGCCUGCGUACAAUUCCUGACUGCAGGAAACCAACAAACAUCACAGUAACAUCAUCAGUACCAGGUCCUAGAUCAGUCAGCCAAACUGAUACAGAACCAUUGCACAGGGAGAUCAUCAAACCUCUGACAAAAUAAAAGCACUUACUAUCAAUGUUAUACAUUUCAGCAUUAUCGUACAUAUCUGUACACAGCUAUUAAUCAUUGUAUUAAAACACAACACUAACUUGAAGUUAAGGGUAUUUCUCAAAAUCAUCUUUGCACUGUUAUAGGUCUGUCUGCUUCACUGGUAAUGUCUAAUGGUGUCAAGGGAUUGUACACAAAUCAAUGUUGUAUAACAGAGUAUUUAUGUAGUCCCAAAUUUUUGGGAGAAAAGGCCAAAGUUCCAGCUGGUUUUGUUGCAAUACUGUGCGACUCAUAUAAACAACUGGAAGUGUUAACAUUGUUAUUAAUGAUUUUUAAUUCUUGUCUUAAAUACUGUCAUUUUCUCUGUCAUGCUUAUUUUGCCGUUUGCUGUGUGCAUUUGCCAAAGUUGGAAGAACAUCUGAAGGAAGAAAGGGCUAUGUGUAUUUCUGUAGAGUAUAUCAUUUUAUAAUGUAGUUAAUUAGUAGAUCUACUAUUUUUCCUGAAGAAACAAUCCAAGCUAAAUAAAUACUAUUUUGUUUCACCGCAAA